UCCCCUCCCAUGUGCUUCGACUGGCGCUAAAAGUUUUGAGCCUCUCAAAAGUCCAGAGCCACGAUCCUGGGCGCAGGUAGCCGCUGGGCUCCGGGGUCACCUGGCGUCCGGCCUCGGAGCGUGCUUCCCAGGACGGUGACACGCUCCCCUGAGGUUCGGUGGCUACACUGUCUUCCCAGGAGCUGCGAUGCAGGACCCACAGUCAGAGCUCACCAUUGACCCGCCUCUGAGCCAGGAGACAUUUUCCGAAUUGUGGAACCUGCUUCCUGAAAACAAUGUUCUGUCUGCUGAGCUGUCCCCAGCAGUGGACGAACUGCUGCUCUCAGAAGGCGUCGCGACCUGGCUGGAUGCAGGGUCCGAUGACGCUCCCAGGAUGCCCGCAGCUCCUGCCCCCGCGGGCCCGGGACCAACCACCUCCUGGCCCCUGUCAUCGUUUGUCCCUUCCCCGAAGACCUACCCUGGCACCUAUGGGUUCCGUUUGGGGUUCCUGCAUUCCGGGACAGCCAAGUCCGUUACUUGCACGUACUCCCCGUCCCUCAACAAGCUGUUUUGCCAGCUGGCAAAGACCUGCCCGGUGCAGCUGUGGGUCAGCUCCCCGCCGCCACCCGACACCUGCGUCCGCGCCAUGGCCAUUUACAAGAAGUCCGAGUUCGUGACAGAGGUUGUGCGGCGCUGCCCCCACCACGAGCGCUGCCUGGACAACAGCGAUGGGCUGGCCCCGCCCCAGCAUCUCAUCCGGGUGGAAGGAAACUUGCGUGCCAAGUACUUGGACGACAGAAACACUUUCCGACACAGCGUGGUGGUGCCCUACGAGCCGCCCGAGGUCGGCUCUGAUUGUACCACCGUGCACUAUAACUACAUGUGUAACAGCUCCUGCAUGGGGGGCAUGAACCGGCGGCCCAUCCUCACCAUCAUCACCCUGGAAGACUCCAGUGGUAAUGUGCUGGGACGGAGCAGCUUUGAGGUACGCGUUUGUGCCUGUCCUGGGAGAGACCGGCGCACAGAGGAGGAGAAUUUCCGCAAGAAAGGGGAGCCUUGCCCCGAGCCGCCCCCCGGGAGCACGAAGCGAGCACUGACUCCCAGUACCAGCUCCUCUCCUCCCCAAAAGAAGAAGCCACUGGAUGGGGAAUAUUUCACCCUUCAGAUCCGUGGGCGUGAACGCUUCAACAUGUUCAGGGAGUUGAAUGAGGCCUUGGAGCUGAAGGACGCCCUGAGUGGAAAGGAGCCAGGGGGAAGCAGGGCUCACUCCAGCAGCCACCUGAAGGCGAAGAAGGGGCAGUCUACCUCCCGCCAUAAAAAACUGAUGUUGAAGAGAGAGGGGCCCGACUCAGACUGACGUCCCCUGUUUCCUGUGUCCCCCCUUCUCCGCCCCCCACUGACCCCCUCCCCCUUGCCCCUCUUUCCCUGGCAUUUUUGGGACUUGGGAGCUUGAGCACACCUGCUCGGUGUGUUGACUGCUUGGUACAGGUGUGCCUCAGAGACGCUCUGGAUUCUUCCAUUCACCUUGCCCUAAGGCUCUGCUAAAGAAGUUGGCCUACAAGGUCGGUUGGUCAGGGGGGGACGUAGGACGUUCCUGCCUGGUUUUUAAAGAUUUUUACUCUGGGGAACCAUGGGAGAGGUAGGAAAACGUUCCUGAACGUCGGGAGCGUUUUAGAACUAAUCACUCGCUGGGCUAUGAGCCCAGUUCUCUACUGUUUUAGCCAGUGGUUGAAAUUUCCUAAUUUCAUAGGCCAUUUUUAUGAAAUGCUGAUAACCAUACCUACCUCACGGAGUUUGUUGUGAGGGUGAAUGAAAUUAUGUAUGUCUGACCCCCCCCCCCAAAACAGCCCUUUUACCCCAUGAUGUCUGCGACGUGGUGUCUCCGAGGCUGCCGGUUCCCUGUCCGUGCCGGUGGGUGGGGCAACAGCUUGUAUGAGGGGGCAGCUGCUGAGGGGUCCCUUUCCUGCUGGCCUGGCCAAAUCCUGUCUGACCUCUUGGGGAGCCCCGGCACCUAAGAGGAAAUCUCAUACCCAUCUCACAGCCUGGAGGAUUCCAUCCCUGGAAUCUGUAUCUGCUGAGGUCUUUUUCCUUCCCCCAAUCUCUCAGGAUCGAUUUCUUUUGCACUCUGCACCCACAGCCCCUCCCUCUCUUCCCUUUUUAUAUCCUGUUUUUAUAUCAGUCUCUUAUUUUACAAUAAACUUUUCUACCACC